GACUUUACUAACUUAGACAGUUGAGAGCGUCAGAGCAGCAGAGAUCAGUAGGACAGAGACAGAGCAGCACCAUGGUUGAAUUCAGAUGGAUUAAAGUCUCUUUAUUUCUGAUCCUGGUUCUUCCAUCUGCAGGAGAGGAUACAACAGAUGAUGCAGCAAAAACUGCAGCAGAAAAAUCAACAGAUAAAGAAACGUCAGCAGGAGAGGAUACAACAGAUGAUGCAGCAAAAACUGCAGCAGAAAAAUCAACAGAUAAAGAAACGUCAGCAGCAGUAAAAACUUCCUCCAUCACUGUCAGAGCUGGAGAUGAAGCCACUUUGUCCUGUGGACAUGUGAUAAAAGAUCAGGAUAAAUGUGACAAAACUACCUGGAUCUUCAGUGGUUCAGGAAGCAGAGCAGCAGUAACUCUGUUUGAACAUGGGAAGAUUCAUGAAGAAGCCAAAUCUAAACCAGACAGACUGAGUCUCACAGAGAACUGUUCUCUGGUUAUAAAGAAGGUCACAGUUGAGGAUGUUGGUCGUUACACCUGCAGACAGUUUGACAGAUCAGGACAACAACAAGGUCCAGAUGCUCAGGUUGAACUGUCUGUUGUUUCCAUGACUGAACAGAAGAACAGAGAUCAGGUGACAUUAUACUGCUCUGUGUGGACAUAUGACCACUGUAGACACACAGUGAAGUGGCUGUAUGAGGGUAAAGAUGUGAAUGUAAAUAUCAAAGACAUCAAGACAUCACAGUCUGGCUGCUCAGAGUUCUUCAAGUGUGAAGUGACUGAUCAUCACGGUGGAAAACCUCAGCAGUUUACCUUCAGCUCUCAGUCCUCAGCAGUAAGUGUGCAGUGUAUUUCCUUCACUGUCGGGGAUGGAGGAGACGUCACUUUGCUUCGUAACAAUGUGAAAGAUGGUGGCAGUAAUACCAGGACCCUCUGUGGUUCAAGCACCUCAGAUCUAGUUGAGCUGAUUUUACAUUACAAUGCCAAAUCUAAAUCAGACAGACUGAGUGUCACAGAGAACUGUUCUCUGGUUAUAAAGAAGGUCACAGUUGAGGAUGUUGGUCUUUACACCUGCAGACAGUUUGACAGAUCAGGACAACAACAAGGUCCAGAUGCUCUGGUUGAACUGUCUGUUGUUACCAUGACUGAACAGAAGAACAGAGAUCAGGUGACAUUAAACUGCUCUGUGUGGACAUAUGAAUGGUGUAUACACACAGUGAAGUGGCUGUAUGAGGGUAAAGAUGUGAAUGGAGGUAACAAAGACUUGGAGACAUCACAGUCUAACUGCUCAGCUGCUGUCACGUUUCCUUCCUCUCAUCUCAGCCAGCAGUCAAAGUAUCAGGACUUAUUUCAGUGUGAGGUGUCUGAUCGUCACAGCAGGAAAGUGCAGCUGUUCACCUUCAGCCCUCAGUCCUCAGGUGAGGAUGAAACCACAUCAACACCUUCAACAACAAACCCAGGUGAAGACAGAACAUCAGCUCCUGAAGUCACUGAUACCUCAACAACAACACAAGCAGUGACUGGACAGUUCUCUUCCUCCAUCGCUGUCAGAGUUGGAGCUGAUGUCACUUUGUCCUGUGAAAAUGUGAGAGAUGAUCAGGAUCAAUGUGACAGAACUGACUGGUUCGUCACUGUUUCACAACAUGCAGUACAGCUGGUUAGUCAUGGGAAGAUUCAUGAAGAAGCCAAAUCUCAAUCAGACAGACUGAGUCUCACAGAGAACUGUUCUCUGGUUAUAAAGAAGGUCACAGUUGAGGAUGUUGGUCGUUACAUCUGCAGACAGUUUGACAGAUCAGGACGACAACAAGGUCCAGAUGCUCUGAUUGUUCUGUCUGUUGUUUCCAUGACUGAACAUGAGGACAGAGAUCAGGUGACAUUAUACUGCUCUGUGUGGACACAUGUAUUGUGUAUACACACAGUGAAGUGGCUGUAUGAGGGUAAAGAUGUGAAUGGAGGUAACAAAGACUUGGAGACAUCACAGUCUGGAUGUUCAGUUACUGUCACAUUUCCCACCUCUCAUCUCAAGCUGAAGUCAAAGUAUCAGGAGUUAUUUCAGUGUCAAGUGACUGAUCUUUACAGCAGGAAAGUGCAGCUGUUCACCUUCAGCCCUCAGUCCUCAGGUGACGACAAAACAACAGCAGCAAAACCAACUGAUAAUAUCAACAGCAAGAGCAACGCAGAUGCACCUCCAGUCGGAAACACUCCACCUGAUCCUCCAUCAACACCACAAAGUAGUUGGUGGAUAUACGUUGGUGUGGCUGUGGCUUUAUCAGUGCUGUUAACAACUGUUGUAGCUGUCGUCAUAUUGAAGAGAAGAAAAGGGAACAAAACACAGAUGGAUGAAAGUGUUGGGCAGAGAUUAAACCCUACAGAGACUCAGCCUGGUCCAGAAACCAGUCAGGACACGGCCGAUCCUGAGGAUGGUGUUUCCUACGCCUCCAUUAGCUACAUCAAGAAGGCUAACAGUAAAGCACGGGGUAAAGGUGGUGAUGCUGAUGAUGAAGGUGAUGCAGUGACCUACAGCACCGUCAAAGUUUCCUCCUCCUCCUCUUCUGCUGGAGCCUCCGUUGAUCCCGAUGCCCUCUACACCACCGUCAUCACACCAAACAAAUAAGAUGCCACAGUAUAGUUACAUCUCAUGUCAGUGUGCUCAUUUUUACACUGAUAACAAAUGAGGAAACCAAGACUUCACUCAUAACAGUGUUACUGAUAAGUAUUGAUUGUAAUAGGAAAGUAAUCCAUUCUGUCCAGUUCCAAGAGAGAAUUUUAUAUUGAUAUAUAUUUUUGUUUAUAAUCCUGGUGCUCUUACCCAGUUAUUUAUAGUUAUUGAUACAUACUUGAAGCUUGAAGGAGUUAUUGUUGUAGGAAGCCUUUCUGUCCAGAAGGUGCUGCUGACGUUUAACUAAAAGCACAAUGUGAGCAGCAGGAACCUGACGUUCAUAGAGCUGGUUUCUCAGAUAAAUGAGUAUAUGACUUAUUUCCAGUAUUAUUGUUUGUGUGUUGUGCUGUUUUGCAUCUGAAUAAAUAAAUAAAAUGUGGUAGUGUUCAUUGUUAA